AUGGAGCUGCUGAUCCAUCGCGUCGCGUCGGCGCGUCUACUGGCACCUCGCCACGUCCUCGCAGUCACCUACCGCUCGAAACGUAGUCAAGCAAAGCGUGAAGCUGUGCGUGGACAAAUCCGGGAGGGUCCUCUUUCCAAUGAGAAAAAGAAGUCUCAAAAAGAUCAGCGUCGAGUGCAUCGCAAGAACGAUGGUUGUGUCGCUAAACUGCCUAUGGAGAAGCCACCACGCCCGACGCUGCAAGAGAUUGACCAAGAAUGGGCAAAGAUGCGUGUACGCACGGUGACCGUUCCGCCUGCUGUGAUGCCGGCUCGAACACGCAAAGAGGUUGAGAACAAGCGACGUAUGCGGCGUCUAGGGCUGCUGCCAGACGACCACGAAGAAGAGGAAGAGGGUGAUGCAGCAGAUGAUUUCGAUCCACGGAAUGUGGGAUUCGUAGGUCGUCGACAGACGUACGAGUAUGAAGCGACCAAGUCAAAUGGCCGCAGUAGUCGCGCUUCUAAAGCUGAGAAGGAAGCCGAUGCGGAAAGACAUCGACUGACGGGACGUCUUCCAGCGAGACGGCCCGUGUCGACGAAGGACAAGCAGUUCACAAACAUCCAAUUACCACCGGAUAAUGUCGUGGAACGCGAGUUUUUGAUUCCAGACGAGCCAGCCAACCCCAAGGCCUUGGAUCUUGCAGUGAUUGGACGGCCGAAUGCCGGCAAGUCUUCAAUCAUGAACAGUUUGCUGAAUGUCACGGUAUCCGCCGUGUCGCCCAAGUACAAUACGACGCGAGACCGUGUCCUGGGUAUCUUUACUGCUGGUGAUGCGCAGCUUUCGUUUUACGAUACGCCUGGGCUCAUUAAACCGAAAGAGACCCAUGAGUAUGUACAGACGCUGGUAACAGCGGCAGCGGAGACACUGCAGGGGGUAGAUUUGUCUGUGCUUGUGGUAGAUUCGGUGAAGCGACUUGAUGAGUCGGCUUUGCAGGCACUGGAAAAAGUUCUGACGACAUCGGCACAGGUGUGCUCGCCGACGAUGCUCGUCAUGAACAAGGUUGAUCUUGUUGGGCAGCGGGAGAAAAUGAACUUGGAGAUUAAAGUGAAGGAGGUGUCGCAGAUGAUUGAAGAGAUCUACGGGAAGCACUAUGAUGCUGACGGCGCGUCCUUGUCGAUUGACCCACUCGCUUUCAUUGGUGAGAAUAGUAUCAAGGUUUCUGCGCUGAAGGGCACUGGUAUGGACCGCUUGCGAAAGACCCUGCUUUCUCUUGCGGUUGAUCGCCCUUGGAGUUAUCACUCGUCUAUGCAUUCCGACCUGUCAGAUUUGGACUUAGUGACUGAGAUCAUUCGCGAGAAGCUCUUCCGUCGAUUCAAUAAAGAGCUGCCUUACACAUUCGAGCAGGAGAAUGUCGGCUGGACCAAGUUUAGAGACAAGAGCGUUCGCAUCGAUCAAGAUAUCUUUGUGCCUGCUGCUCGCAUUCGCAAGACGGUGGUUGGACACAAUGGCAAUACCAUCCGCUCUGUGGGCAUGGCGGCGCGGGACGAGAUUGAGCAGCUACUGAAGUGCCACGUGCAUUUAUAUCUGAAUGUUCGCGUUCGCUAG